CCUUGCCGACUUCCACCAAAUUUGAACCCAAGCAAACGUAACGACCCCCCGACCGACACCUCCCUCGACCACAUCCUGUCCUCUGCCCUUCCGACAGGCGCUUCCCCUCCUUUCGAUAUACCAACUGCGCUUGCCGGCGCUCACCACUUCUCCUUGCGCUCCACCUAGAAGCCUUUGCGAUGGCUUCCCCUCCAUACUCGUACUCUCCAACCGCACACUCACCACCGUAUCCGUCACCCGCGCAGCUCCCCAUGUCGAACAAGAAGAGAGCAUCAGAUGGCGCCCCUCCAGGGUCUGCGAAGCGCCGAAAGGCCUCGACACUCUCCGUCACCUCCGCCGCUGCCCACCCCCUUCGUCAGACUUCUUUCCCACCCGAAGCCGGCUCACCAUUCCCACGUUCACCCUCGGCCGACAACGCUAGUGUAGUCAGCGGCAGUCAAGUCAGUGCGCCUCCUAAGAAGAAGCGCGGCCGGAAGCCCAAGAACCAGACCAACGUUGAGACCAGAGAACAAACGCCCUCUCUUGUAGGCGGACGCGCACCCACAACUGUCAGCGGCGCAGGCGCUGGAGGCGACGCACAAGAGGAAGGCGCCAAUGAUGACGACGACGAUAACGAUAUGCGCAUGGCGCUGGUGGAUUCUACAGUCAGGACGCAGGAGCAGAAGCAAGAGGAGAUAAGACUCCGUGCCAUGCUCGUGGAGUCCUUUGACCCAGAACAGUACGAUCGCUACGAACUCUGGCGUGCCGCCAAACUCACAGAGUCCGUAGUCAAGAGGGUCGUCAAUGCGACAGUCUCGCAAUCCGUCCCACCGAACGUUGCUCUCGCCGUCAAGUCAGUAUCGAAGCUUUUCAUAGGCGAGCUCAUCGAGAGAGCUCGAGAUGUGCAAGGGGAGUGGAUCAAAGGUACUGGCGAAAAGCAGGCAGACGUACCCACGCCGCCGCCCAAAGACGACGCGACGCAGGCAGAAGACAGAAGAGGCCCCUUGCGACCAGACCAUCUCCGCGAGGCGUGGCGACGUUACAAGCUAUCGGGAGAUGGAGGCUGGGUGGGAAUUCAAGGCUUGUGGCACGAGCAGCAGAGCAGUGGCGUGGAGAGAUUUCCUGUCCGAACUGGUGGACGACGAGUUUUCCGGUAAUGCCGUGGCAGAGAUUCCAUUGUUGUGACAUGAGGGGAUGGCGGGGGCGCGGAAGGCAACGGAGAAGCUUGGGAGCUUACUUACAUGAUACCCGGUCUAACAAAUAGUUAGCCUUAACAUCGACGGCUCAGCGCUGUCAUAAUGAACACAGUAUUAU